GGCCUUGGCAAGACGUUGCAGACAGUUGCAUUAUUGGCAUAUCUUAAGCACUUUAGAGAUAUCAAGGGUCCGCAUUUAGUUGUAGCACCAAAAUCUACAUUACAUAAUUGGGAACAAGAAAUAAAUAAGUGGACCCCAGACUUCAAAGUGAUUAUUUUCCAUGGGAAUAAGAAAGAAAGGGCUGACAUAGCGCAAAAUGUGUUGCUUCCGCAAGAUUUUGAAAUUUGCGUAACCUCCUAUGAAAUGUGUCUAAUGGAAAAGGCCCAUCUCAAGAAACUUUCAUUCCAAUACAUCAUCAUUGACGAAGCUCAUCGUAUAAAGAACGAGAAUUCGUUACUUUCGCAAAUAGUCAGAAUCUUUAACUCGCGUAAUCGGCUAUUGAUUACCGGGACGCCGUUACAGAAUAACUUACACGAAUUAUGGGCGUUGUUGAAUUUUUUGUUACCAGAUGUGUUUAAUUCGUCUGAGGACUUUGACUCGUGGUUUGAAGCACAAGGAGGAAAUCAAGAUUGGGUUAUUCAACAAUUGCAUAAGGUCUUGCGACCUUUUCUUCUUCGGAGAAUUAAGUCUGAUGUUGAAAAAUCGUUACUACCCAAAAAAGAAAUAAAUGUUUAUGUCGGUAUGUCAGCAAUGCAAAGGAAAUGGUAUCAAAAAAUACUCGAGAAAGAUAUUGCUGCAUUAAAUGGUGUGGUUGGUAAAGGAGAAAGCAAGACUCGACUGCUUAAUAUUGUGAUGCAGCUGCGCAAGUGCUGUAAUCAUCCAUAUCUAUUUGAUGGCGCUGAGCCUGGACCUCCAUAUACCACAGAUGAACAUCUUGUUGAUAACUCGGGAAAAAUGGUAGUUCUUGACAAGCUACUAAAGCGGGUGAAAGCUCAAGGAUCUCGUGUUCUUUUAUUCAGUCAGAUGAGCCGUGUACUUGAUAUUUUGGAAGAUUAUUGUAUAUUCCGAGGAUAUGAAUAUUGUCGUAUUGACGGACAAACAAAACAAGAUGAACGUAUAACUGCCAUUGAUGAUUUCAAUAAUCCCGAAAGUAAUAAAUUUAUCUUCCUACUUACAACACGCGCCGGUGGCCUCGGGAUCAAUCUUACAGCUGCUAACAUAGUAGUAUUAUAUGACAGUGACUGGAAUCCACAAGUAGACUUGCAAGCACAGGACCGAGCGCAUCGUAUUGGUCAAACAAAACAAGUUUACGUUUUUCGUUUCGUGACCGAGAAUGCAAUUGAAGAAAAAGUACUCGAAAGAGCAGCACAGAAAUUACGACUCGACCAACUUGUGAUACAACAAGGACGUUUGAGUCAAACACAGAAAGCUGCGACUAAAGAGGAACUGCUGAAUAUGAUCCAACACGGGGCCAAAAGUAUAUUUAAUUCGAGUGAUAGUACGGUGACGCAAGAUGAUAUUGAUCAGAUUCUCUUAAAAGGAGAAGAAAAAACUGCGGAGUUGAAUAGAAAAUAUGAAGGUCUAGGGUUAGAGGAUCUUCAGAAAUUUACAUCAGAAUCUGCAUAUGAAUGGCAAGGCGAAGAUUGGCGCAAUAAGCCAAAAGAAACGGAAUCUUCUUCAAGCUUUACCUGGAUAGAACCACCGAAACGAGAACGAAAAGCUAAUUAUACAGUUGAUAACUAUUUCAGAGAAGCAUUACGAGUGGGCCCUAAACCAAACGCUCCUAAAGCACCACGGGUUACCAAGCAAAUUAGCAUACCGGAAUAUCAGUUUUAUCCACAAAAACUUGUUGAUUAUUUAAAAAAGGAAAUGUAUUAUCAACAAAAAACUGCCGGUUAUGUAGUUCCGUUAAGAGAAUCUCCAGAACUUGAAGAUGAGAGUAACGUAGAAGUUAUGGAAUCGGAAAGACGUCAACGAGAAAGAGAAAGAGAGGAAGAACAAAAUAAAAUUAAUUCUGCUGAACCUCUCACUGAAGAAGAAUUAGAAGAAAAGGAGGAAUUAACGAGAGAGGCUUUUGUUGAAUGGAACAAACGUGAUUUCAAUAACUUUAUUACUGCGACUGCUAAAUAUGGAAGAGAUGCUUUAAUAGACAUUGCGGCAGAAAUUGAAGGUAAAUCAUACAAAGAAGUUCAAGAAUAUGCUCGAGUCUUUUGGGAACGGUAUCAAGAAUUGUCAAAUUAUGAAGAAAUCAUAGCAAAAAUUGAGCGAGGGGAAACAAAGUUACAACAGACACAAGAAAUCCAACAACUUCUCCAAGAAAAAGUAUCAAAAUACCGGACGCCACUAAGUCAACUCGAAAUCCCGUACAAUCUAAACAAAGGCAAGACCUUUACUGAGGAGGAGGAUCGGUUUAUUCUAGUCGCUCUCGCAAAAUACGGCUAUGGAACAGAGGAAGUCUACGACAAGAUUCGUAAUGAUAUUGACAAGUUCCCGCCGUUCCGAUUCAACUGGUUUAUCAAAUCUCGAACUUCAUCGGAGAUCUCUAGACGUUGCACCACGUUAAUUUCUCUUUUACAGAAAGAACAGUCUGAGAUUGAAGAAAAAGAAGAGGAGGAACGGAAGGAAGCGGAACUUAAACGAAAGAAGCGACAAGUAGAAAUCACUAAUGGAAACUCUACUUCAAAACGGAGCCGUCGUUAA